AUGCACCUUCGAAAAGGCGCAUUUGAGGAGGCUGUUAGGAAAGCGUAUGAAGCCAUGGAGGAUGCCGAAGGCCAGAGACUCGAGCAACCAAAUGUUUCUAAGCUGUACGCAAGCCUGGAGUCUCAAGCAAUUGAGGAAACCAUCCGUCAAACAUCUGCAGCAUUCAUCCAACUUGCAGGUCUUAACCCAGGAUCAUUUGCUGCUGCUCUUGGUGUAGAGGAAACAAUUGCCACAACACAAGCAUUAAGGCACUUACAGGCAAUGGAAGCAGCCACGCAGACGUUGAAGGAGCUAAAGACAACGCUUGAUGGUAAAGAUGCGAAGGCAGCUGAAGAAUUGUUGACGACCUGCGGCUCUCGCAUAAAAGAGAGAUUUGAAGCGAGUGACUUUUGGUCUGUCAGCAACGAUGUUCUCAAGACGCAGGCAACGACGAUUUCUGAGCACAUGGAGAUUUGCGGAAUGCAGCGCUCGAUUGAUGAGAGCAUUGGACGGCUCAUAGACCAAAGAAACGCAGCAUUUACCCAGCAACAAUGCUUCAUCGAUGCAUCCUUGCUAAACAACUUAGCGGAAUUCAGCAAAGCCGUAGCAGUCCUUCAGGAAGACAUAUAUGGCCAUUUCUGCAGUGCACGGAAACGAUAUGAAAAGGCACAAUCUACAAAGAGGCUAACCAUACUUCCUGCAAUCCUGAAACAGUUCACCGAGACGGCUGAAAACGUCUACAAGGAAUUUGUACAGCAUCAAACGGAUGCGGAAGCCCUGUUUCAGGAAUCCAUGAAUUCGAAGACCAGCGAACUAAACGCAUCACUCAUGGAGCUAGUUUUACAGUGCAGAAGGGCUCUGGAAGAAACAAAGCGCGAGAUUGCCAAUAAGGAGCAGCUAACCUGGUCCAAACGCGAAACCAUGGAAACCGAAAUCCUUACAGCUUACCAUUCUGCGCUUUGCCAAACCAGGCAGGGUCAGCUAGCUUACAGGCACGAGCUAGAGAGAACAUUGAUUGCAGAACAAGCCAGAAACGAAUAUCUUAUUCGUCUCUACGUGACGGACGAGUCAGCUGCUGACAUAUCAGAAGAAUGCCGGGUUGCUACGGAACAACAACUGGAUGCCAUAACGUUUGAACAGCGGAAUGCACUUGCAGAUUUGAAAUCAGCCAUGGACAGCGAGUACACUCGGACAGUUCGCCUUGCCAGGGAACGGUUGCGUAUUUCAAAAGCUCUUGCACAGGAGGAGCAAAGGCUAGCGACGCUGAGGCAUGAUUUAAAGUUUCGUACUGUAACGGACGAGCUAACCUGCUUGCUGAAUGCUCAGACUAAACUUGAUGAGAACAGAAACCAGAGCGUUAAGCACUUUCAUCGGCGACUAUUGCUUGAGCUGGAGGACUACAUAAGAAAGCUGAAGGUUAUCCUCGAAAUACAAGAUUCGUUUACAGUUGCUGUUGAGCUACAGCAGUGCCUCGAUUCACUGAACAGAAAUAUCCGGGGUGCUAGUCAAGCGGCAGCCCACUCCUUGACUUCAGUUCAUGAAAACGUGACAACUGUCAUGCUUCAAGAGCUGCGAAAUGUUCGAACCAGCCUUCUCCGGUCUGAAGAACUGGAAGAGGAGGAAAUUGGAAGGCGUAUUGAAGUCCUAAAAGAGCAGGAGAGGCAAAUUUUGGAGGAAGACGAAGAGCGCAGGCGCUCCUGGAACAGCACAGUUCCACUAGAAGAUCUGGACGUGGAAAUAGAGAUCCAUGAUACACAAGACAAGCUGGCGAUGGAACGAAUUAGGCUGCAGUUUAUUGAAGACGAGCGGGAUGCCCUUCUCUCCCAAAUAUCACAAGCAAAGGCAGAGGCCCUGUGUCAAGGCAACGAAUCGGAACUCCCGGAGUUCAUUGAUUCACUGAAAAAAAAAUCCCUGGCGCGGGUGGAGGAGAUGAACGAAAGAAUACUUCAGCAAAGCGAGAACCGAGAAGCCGAGCAGCUUAAGUCCCAAGAAAAGAGAAAGGAGCUUAUAUCGAAAAGAAUUUCCCUUGCAAACGAUGCACGCGAAAAAAGCGCAAUGUGGCUUGAACGGCAGGCAGAUGAACUCAUCCGCAACAAACUCUUGAGAGCAAGGGAAGCUGAAUGGACUACAAUUGUUCUUGGCAAAGGGGCAGCAGAUACUUCGUGUGCUCUAUCGACUAUGGAAAGCAUAAGGACGCAGACUGAAGAGCUUAAGAAGAAACAGGCUGAAGAACUCGUGGCAUUUGAAGACGAACUGAAGCAUUCUCAAAAUGCGAAAUACCUAGAAAUACAAGACCUGAGGAACAAGCUGAAAAUGCUACAGCAACGAGUCGGAGAGCAGGAAGAAGACUCAGAAGCUGCGGAUGCUAUUCGCCGGGAAGCUGAAGCUACUGAGAAGGAAAUCGCAACACUUGAGGCUGCUGCCCAUGACGAAGCCAAGGCUGCCGAUGCGAGAAAGCGCGAAUUCGUCGAGGAGCAGAAAAAAGAGCUUUUCAAGCACGAACUUAAUAAACAAAGAGAGUUUAUGGAGACGCAGUGGAAGCUCUCCAGGAUUGCGAAGUUUGAAGAACUGCGUAGCAUGCAGCUUGAUCAAUCUAGCAGUGUUGCAGCUCAGAAGGAGCUCUUAGCAGGCUGUCACGAAGCUGAGCUCCGAGAUUUGAAAGAGCUGCACAGUCGCCAAAGAAUUCUUAUUCUCAAUCAAUUCUUUCAUCAAGCGCAACGAGAGGCGAAGGACAAGAUUGCGAAGUUUGAAGAACUGCGUAGCAUGCAGCUUGAUAAAUCUAGCAGUGUUGCAGCUCAGAAGGAGCUCUUAGCAGGCUGUCACGAAGCUGAGCUCCGAGAUUUGAAAGAGCUGCACAGUCGCCAAAGAAUUCUUAUUCUCAAUCAAUUCUUUCAUCAAGCGCAACGAGAGGCGAAGGACAAGCUCUACCCUACGAAACGCCUUUCUAUAUAUUCGUCAACCGCGGCAGAACAAGCUCGUGAGGAUCAGAGCGACGAAGCUUCUGCUGACGCUACGCUAGCGUCGCAGGAAGAUGAAUAUGUCAAGCAAGCUAUGGCUGCAAAAACAGCGCAGAUAGCGGCGCAGGAAGAAGAGGAAGUGAAGGAGCUGAAGGAAAGACAUUACGCCGAACUUGCCGAGACUGUCCAAUUGGUGCUCCCUGAUGAACAUACGGAUUGCGGGGAAUCUCCGUCUCAUAGAGAAGAUCACUCCCAUGAUAAAUCAAGAAAAACUCUUGACAAUGCGGCUAGCAAGGUCGUAGCUGAGUGGCAAAAACGUAUAAGGUCUGGAAGCUGCGCAAGCAUCUUGAUUGCCAAAGAGGAUGGAGCUGACACAAAGGCAGCUGCCAUCGGCAAGCAUCUAGAACAGUUCGUCAACGCCGUGAUUCGGGGGCCUCGGAAGAGCGUAAUGGAUUUUAAGGCGGAACGGCUGCAGACAACACGGCAAAAGGAGAAGCAAAUGAAAGAACAGUGGAAGGCCAAAAGAGAUGCGCUUGAGAGGUGGCAUCCUAUCUUUUGGUGCAUUGUGGAGGAAGAAGCCAAGCACGGGUCCUACGAGGCAUACGAAGAUUCUUCGAACGUAGUCGCUCGUGGGCCAACGUUAUGUAACAUCGAACGCGUAAUAAAUUCAAUUGAAGAGGGGUCUUUCCUCAGAAAUAUGAUUGCAAAUUUAGGAAUACUUGCUAAGGCAUUCAGCGCCUUGGGGACAUCGCCAGAUUAUCUUCCAACCGACAGCGAAGGCAGUGAAUCGGACUCCAGCACUCCGUCCAGCAGCAGCUACCAAACGGAGCCAAGGCAACGGCGGAAAGUGUCAGGCGCCUCCGCGCGGACAUCUCAAAGCAGCGAUAGCAGUGAAAGUUCCGAUGAGAGUACUGAAAAAUCCAGCAAUGAAGGAAGCAGCAGUGAAGAAGACAGCAGUGAAGAAAGCGCUAGCAACGAAAGCAGUAGCGCAAGCGAAGAUACCAGGUAUAGCCAGACGCAGGCUAACAAGCAAGAAGCCAUGGCAACUUUAAGUAACCAAAAAACUGGAAGCAGUAGCAGCGACGACAGCGAAGGUGGCACUAGUGGAACAAGCAGCAGUAGCGCAAAUGUAAGCAGGACAAGCAGUGGGAGCAGCAGCAAAUCUGUUGACGAGACGAGUAGUGACAGCAGCUCAGAGACCAGCAGCGACUCCAGCAGCAGCAAGAGCAGCGGGAGCAGCAGAGCUGACAAACUGAGCCGAGAUAAAAGCAGGAGUGGAAGUGAAGGCGAUUCCCCUGCGGUAAAAGGCAGUCGCGGCUCUCAGCCAGAUGGCGCUGAAGCUUCAGGUUUUUCGGGCUCUUCUAGCUCAUCCGAGAGCAGCAGCGCAUCGGAUCCGGAGUCACCUGAGCCGUCUAGAAGCUCAAGUGCACCUCAAAGCUCACCUACUUCGCUUGGGAACGUGAACACUCACAACAGACCAAACCAGCAGGAUAGCAGCAGCCAAAACGAAAAUGAAAGUGACAGUUCUGUCAGCAGCUCCGUUAGCCGGCGGUCAAGUACAGCAGGCACUGAAACAAGCAGCGAUUAG